AUGGCGGAAAGCAACAACAACAACAACAACAACAACAACAACAACAACAACAACAACAACCCAGCAGCCUGGUUCCGGACAUUUGGAAGGUCGAAGAGUUCGCUGCAGACGCCGACCACGACAAGCCCGAGCCGUCCCGCAAGUAUCACCACCACGAUUGGUCAUGAUGCCCCAGCAACACCAACACCCGACACCUCCCCUGGCCGUCUCCGCGCCCGUCCGGCUGCUGCUGUGAGACGGGUUUCCUCGCUGUUUAGUCUUGUUGGUGGGGGUGGUGGUGGGAGUAUCCUGUCGGGUGGGAGUCCAAAACGAGACAGCUUCCCUGAUCAUGGUCUUCCAGGGAGGGCGCCGCCUAUGGGGGCUUUGCCGCUCAGUGGGUUUCAUGAUGGUGGUGGUGGUGGUGUGGGAUUGCAAGGGCUGAUGGGGGUUGGGGGUAGGAGGGAAAAGGGGGAAGAGGAGAGUAUUGUUUGGUCGAGGCCGACUAUGAUGCAGAUGGUGGAGACUUUGAGGGGGGUAAUGAUGGGGGUUAUGAGGAUGCCUGAUCGAGGGAGGGGGGUGAGGAAGAUGAAGGGGGAGGGGGGUAGGGAGGGGGAUUGGGAGAGGAUGGAGCUGGAGAGGGAUAGGGAGAGACGGUGGGGUGAAAGGGGGGGUUGGGGGGGUUUGCCGGUUGAAUAUAACUCACAUGUGCUAGUUCUCCUCGAAGGCUUCGGCCAUCUUGUAGAGCAGUUGAACAAAGCCCAGGAAGAGCUCGCCGAGCUCAAGAACCUGCGGGAGAAGGAAGUCGAACAGUUCCGUGGCAUCAGCGAAGAAUGGAUUCAACGAGAGAACGGCUACAAGGCUGAAAUCAAGCGUCUUGAGCUAGUCCUGGCAAAAGAAAGCAAGAACGGCGUCGCCUCUGUUGCAUUGGCUAGACAUGGCAGUCUCAUAAACCGCUCGGGAACGAAAAGAUUUCAGGCACGGUUGAAGCGGUUGAGCAGUUCCCAAGAUGCCGAUAACACCAGAGAAGCCCACGCCGACCCAGAGCCCAGCAUGGUGGGGGUGAAAGAAACCACGUCACCUUACGAAACAAUCGGUGACAUUCCACGGGACGUCAAUCCUCACCGUGAUGUAUUACUCUCCCGCCUGGUCGAGAAGCAGGGCAAAGCCCAGUCAAGCCGACACUUUCAAGAGGGGGAACGAGUCUUGAACCAAAUACUCCCUGAUACUGGGCACACCAACAGACCAAAAAGCCCACCAACCCACCGAAAUCAACGUGACGAGGAUGACGAGGACAUUGAGUGCCCCGCGUCCGGCGAAGUUACCCUGAAAGUACCAAGCACUAGGGAGCGGGCAUCACUGUACGAAAAGGGGCAAGGGGGAGCCAAUGCAGGUCCCAACAGUCACGCUUACGCUGGCGUGGCAGGUCGCCCCAUUGAAGACCCAUCGGCCGAUGAGUCCUCUGCUAGCUCAAGAUGGGACGCGGAAUCUUCAACAUCUGACGAUUCUCUGCAAAAUAAUGGCUCCUCAUUAGUAGGUCCCCAGCCACGACGAUCUAACGAUUCGGGACCUGGGCUGUUUGACGGUACAAACAGCCAGCUAGCUGAUAACGGUCUCGGCGCCAUAGACGAAGGCACAGGACACAUGCUCGAUACAGUUUUCCUGAACCGUGGAUACAGCUUUAAACGAGGCGAUGACGAGCAUCUUCCAGUGACUUCCCCCAGCCACAGGAAAGUCAAAGGGCCAGAUUCUGACUCGAUGUACCUUUAUACAUACACACCUUUCGACGAUGUAUCCAGUGUGAGGCCUGACUGUGUGGGCUCGCCGUCAGAGAAGAGACCGGCUCGCCCCGCAGGUCUCGCUCCCUCCACAUCGACCGGCUCUGUUAUCUGGCGGGGCAAUGACGACACCAUCAGAGAUGAAAGGACCCCUAGAGCUAGUGCCUGCGAGAGCCAGGGCGAAGACUCGGACGGGGGCAGUCAACAGUGAUGUUCACGUCUCAACAGUUCCACGUUCCGGGCCGUUAAGCUCAGGAGGUGACGGCGAGGGUGGGGAACGGUUGAGAGCGGCCCCGUUAUCUAACUGUUGGUUCUUGUCGUCUAUUGGCGGUACGGUUAAUAACGACGGCAAUGUUGAGCACGUAAGCCCACCGGCCCAUCUGAGCUUACAGCUAUCAAGGUGAAGCUUUUCCGUGGACUCGUCGCCGGCUCACCGAGAACCUUGGACAGCAUCUGCAGACACGACACGAAGGCCGAGGGUUCGACCGAGACUCUCACCAACCUUCUUGUCGUCAUAUGAUUCAGGAGGUACUUCUCGGCAGCACUUCUUCUGGACGGCACUUCUUCUUGAGGGGACUUUUGGGGUUUCUUGGACCGAAACUCUCACGAGCGUUCUUGUCGAUCUGAUUCAGAAGAAGGUCUAUCUAUGCGGGGCGUUGGGCGCGGGCUUUUUUGGGUUUGGGGUGAGACCAUCACCAGCCUUCUUGUCGGUCAGACACGGUGGGGGGGGGGAGAGGUUAAUCCCUG